AUGAAUAUCAAUGUUAUGGAGUGGCCGGCCAGAUCACCGGAUAUGAAACCAAUAGAGCACGUUUGGGACUUGCUGAAAAGAAAAGUUAAGUCUAGAAUUCCAGCUCUUGCCAACGUGGGUGAACUGCGAAUCGCCGUAGUUGUGGAAUGGCGGAGACUAUCCCAGGAUACCAUCGAUAAAAUCAUUCUCAGCGAGCCGCAGUGGUCGUGGCGCGCGGAGUGGCGGCGCGCGGCGGCGGGCUGGCGGCGCGCGGCCACGCUGCACGCGCGCGGCGCCGCCGAGCCGGCGCUGCGCUGCGCGGCGCUGCACGGCGCCGGCCGCUGCGUGGCGCUGCUCGACGAGUGCGCGCUGCUCACGGUUUUCGAGCUCGGCCCCGGCGCCGGCGCCGCGUGGCGCGUGCGCUGCAGCUUCGCGGCGAGCGCGGAGUGGCGCGACGUUGCGCACGCGCAGUGGGCGCCCGCGCCGCGCCACGUGCUGCUGCUGGCCGCGCCGCUGGCGCUCGCGGAGCGCCACGAGAUACUCGUCGUCGGUUUCGACGAGCACUGGCGUCACCGCGUGCUGUGUCGGUGCGCCGGCGCGGUGGCGGGCUGGGUGGACGACGCCACGUUCCUGUCGCUGCAGCUGCACCUGCUGGCGCCCGGGCAAGCCUGUACCACCGUGUGGCUGAACGCCGCAUCGCAGGAGACACAAUCGGAACACGCCGGCGUGACAUCACCCCUCCUGCGCAUUUACAACGAAGCUGCCGCGCAUAUUUCCCACAUCCUCGUGGUUGACGUGCCGCAGGACGAGCCGGCGCCGGCUACCGUAGCGAGCGAAGCCGACGACGCGGCCGACGUGGCGGGCGGCGCCGGCGAGCCCGGCCCGGCCUACUACUGCGCGCUGCGCCCGGUCGGUACCGCGUACGCACACUUGCACUGCUGCUUGAGCUCUGCAGCAAGAAUACUCAAUCUAAUCACGACUAGAAGCUUCAUAUGGCGGGAGUCGGGGCGCCGCGCCGAGUGGGCUCUCAUCUUGGCCGUGUCGCAGGCGCGCGGCGCGGCGGCGCGCUGGCUGCUGGCGGCGGGCGGCGCGGCGGGCGCGCGGCGCGGCGCGGCCACGGCGCUGCUGGCGUGGCCGCUGGCGCGCGCGCUGCCGCUGCCGCCGCUGCGCGCCGCCGAGCCGCUGGCGGAGCGCGUGCGGCGCCGCGCGCAGGCGCCCGCGCCCGCAGACGCGCCGCGCCCGGCCGAGGCGGACGUGCGCGCGCUGUGCUCGCCGCCCGGCGCCGCCUGCGCGCUGGGCCAGCAGAUACUGGGCUUGGCGCUGCACCCCGGGCGCCGCAGCGUGUGGGCGGCCACGGCGGGCGCCGCGUGCUGCGUGUCGCUGCCCGCGCUGCGGCUCGUGCUGCGCCUGCCGCUGGCGGGCGGCGCCGCGCUGCCGCCGCACUCCGUGGCGCCCGGCGUCGACGAGCGCUACUUCGUCACGCCGGCGGGCGGCGGCGCGGCGCGCCUGUGUGCCUGGGCGCUUCGCGGGGCGCUGCCCGCGCGCGCGCCCGCGCUGCCCGGCGCCGCGCCCGCGCUGGCCGCGCUGCUGCUGCCGAGCUGCCCGGCCGCGCUCCUCGUGCUGACCGCCGACGCGCUGGAGCUACUUAGUAAUUAUUACGAUUGUAUUGAAUGCAUGAGCGCGGCAGAAGAGAUCUAUUAUAACGGACGGACAAGACCUCCAGCCAUCCAGAAGAUGAGGGAUGAAAUUUGUUUCUUCAGAGCACUCCCCAUUAUACAGACGUUACAAAACACAAAGAUGUAA